AUGGGAAAUUACGUUAACAAGUUUUUUUCUCAUAAUAAUGAGAUUGAGAAAGGAGAUAUAAAAGAUCAGUCUUCUACGGAAGAAGUAACUGUUGAAAAAUAUAUUAUGCAAACUCCACCGAUAAUUCAUAAAACAUUGCCGGUAGAUCCUAGAUCAGUAACAAGUGGAAUAGAUAGGACACCAAUAGAGAUGAAUAGCACACCAGUUGGAUUGAACAGAAGAAUAGUAUCAGCAAUUCCAAGACAUUUACAAACUAGACCAUAUUUAGAAACAGAUAUAGACAAAGUUAUGCCAUGUUUAACUCCCAGAAAACCUGCUCUGCCAAGAAUGAUAGAAACUACAAAAUUACAAUUAUCAGAUGUGCAAAAUAAUGCAGAAGUUUUUUUAACACCCACAGUUAAUGACAUAGUUAAUAAAAACUUGCUUACUGCUAUAAGUAAAGACCGUUAUGAUAUCCUAGGACUUGAUCCUAGAUCUCCAGCUGCAGACUUUGACAGAACCCCUAUAUUAAUGCCAAAAUCUAUGGAAAGUUUAAAAGCUAGAUCCCAAGAAAACUUGCACAGACGUGGCAGUUAUGAUACAGAUGUUUAUUACCCAAGGUUUUCAUAUUGUGAAAUGUCAUCACAAUUUAAUGUUCCUGAAAUUCAGGCUUUACCUGAUUUAGCCACAUGUGUAAUAAAGAACUUAGAUUUGGUCAAGGAUGAUUGUAAUGACAAAUGCAGUGAAUCUGAAUCAUGUUCUAGUCAUUCAUCUAGAAGUGAAAAUGUCUCAGAAAAUGAUAAGGAAUUGGAAGAAGAAGAUGAAAUUCAAAUGAUCUCAGACCAGGAUAAUUACAAUGAUACAUGUGUUAAUAAAAAUACAGAACAAAAGGAAAUAUGUGUUAAUGAUGUAAUUAAAGUAUGGAGAGAUUCAUUAGUAUUAAAUGAGCCUCAAGAAUCAGAAACAUGUGAAUCAGAUGAUAUACAAACUAUGGAAGAAAGAAUAUCACAUAUACUCAAAGAGGAAGUAAUACUAACACUUGAUGAUAGUAUUGAUAAAGACAUAUUAUCAGGAAAACUACCCAAAUUUGAAAGUGACAAGACAAAGGUAGAUACAAUUGGAAACAAGAAACAAAUUCUAAAAUUAGAAAAAAUUAUAACAGAUGAAAAAAAGAUUUUAAAUUUUAACGAUAAAAGUGUAAAUGAACUAAAGAAGAUUCGAACUCCUCUUGGAAAUCGUUCCAAUAACAGACAAAUGCAAACGUUAUUAGCAAAUUCACCUCAACAGAUGUUUAAAAACAAAGGCAUUGUACCAAAAAAGUUGCAAGAAAACACACCCCCACCCAAAAAAGAUGUUGCAAAAUCUAGAUUAAAUAGCAUAGAAUGGGAUCCAGACUCAACAGUUAUUAUUUAG